AUGUACAAAGCUCUGAACCAGGUUUCUAAGCUUGGUCAAGACUCUCAACACCCUCCACAUAGUGCAUGGCCUCAGCAAAUGUCGGAUAUCAAAGCAGGUGCUUCCAAUAGUGCCAAACCUAUGCUGAUGGCCAGUAGUAACGUCUUUUCGAUAGGACCUUACAGAAGUCGCAAAGAUGCCAAUAGAGUUUCAGUCAUAGAGAAAUACGAGAUCAUAGGGUACAUUGCAGCCGGUACUUAUGGUAAAGUUUAUAAAGCUCGCAAGAAAGUGCCUGUAAAAAACGGUUCAUCUUCGUCACCAUCCGAUAGCGAGAUGUCAUUGCCAACAACAUCAACUUUCCCAUUGAGCAACCAGGAGGCUCUAGAUGUCAACUCAAUCAACAAGUCAACGAGGGUACAGGAUUCUAGCACGUCUUUGCCAUUUUUGAACCAAACACAAGAAACACAGGUUGAUCAGAAAUCGGAAAGCACACAGACAUCAACUGUUCCUGCAAAUCGGGUGAUCAUCGCGUCACCCACCAAGAAACUUCCCAUGCUGUUUGCCAUCAAGAAAUUUAAAACUGAACGGGAAGGAAUGGAACAGCUGCAUUACACUGGGAUUUCGCAAAGUGCUUGCAGAGAGAUGUCGUUGUGUCGAGAACUCCGAAAUAAACACCUCACGAACUUGGUAGAGAUCUUCUUGGAGCAUAAGAGCAUUUAUAUGGUUUCUGAAUUUGCAGAACACGAUCUUCUACAAAUUAUUCACUUCCAUUCGCAUCCUGAGAAACGUUUGAUUCCGCCUCGAAUGCUCAAGUCAAUUGUUUGGCAAAUUUUGGAUGGAGUAUCGUAUUUGCAUCAGAACUGGAUUCUACAUCGGGACUUGAAGCCCGCCAACAUCAUGGUGACAGUCGAUGGCUGCGUCAAGAUUGGUGACUUGGGCCUGGCAAGAAAAUUUCAUAACAUGGUUCAAACGCUUUAUACAGGUGAUAAAGUUGUAGUUACCAUUUGGUAUAGAGCACCCGAACUGCUUUUAGGCGCUCGUCACUACACUCCCGCUAUUGACCUAUGGGCCGUUGGUUGCAUAUUUGCCGAACUGAUAGGACUGCGACCUAUCUUUAAGGGCGAGGAGGCCAAGAUGGACUCCAAAAAGAGCGUUCCAUUUCAAGCAAACCAGCUGCAGCGAAUUUUAGAAGUUCUUGGGUCUCCCAACGAUAAAUCGUGGCCCGACAUAUACAAAUACCCAGAAUAUGAACAGCUCUCGAACUUUCCUAGGUACAGAGACAAUUUGCCCGUGUGGUACCAUUCUGCUGGGGGCCGCAACAAAGAGGCCUUAGAUCUGCUUUACCUCCUGCUCCAGUACGAUCCGAUUUCAAGAAUUGAUGCAGUUGAUGCGCUGGAACAUCCAUACUUCACGAGCGAAGAUCCCGCUGUAUGCGAAAAUGUCUUCGAAGGACUCAACUACAAAUACCCUCCUAGACGAAUUCACACCAAUGACAACGACAUUAUGAACAUUUCUAACUCUAGGGCGAAAUCAACCACUAUCAAUCCUCAAGCAGUGGCUUCCAAAAGUGCAACUAAUACCUCAUUAGGAGGGCUAGGCGUGAACCGAAGAAUCCUAGCAGCCGCUGCAGCAGCUGCCGCCGCUGUAUCAGGUACUAAUUCAUCUUCACGACCAGCGUCAUCAGCAGGUAUUAGUGGCCCGGCUCGUAAGAAAAGGAGAUGA